AUGCCCAUUACAAGAGUUGUUGCUGAUGCACUUGGUGUGGUGACAAUUUGUCUUGUUGCUGUUCUGGUCCUUCUGGGUCUGUUUUGCACUGUGUAUGUACUUUACUUCCGCAAUCAGAUACGUAGUCAAGGUCUUAUUCGGUUCAAUUAUUUUAGUGGUCCUUGGAUUAUCAGAAUUGCAUUAAUCUCUUUCACAAUCUGGUGGGGUGUUUGGGAGAUUAUUAGGCUGAAUCUGUUGAGACAUGAAGGAAGAAUCUUGGGUGCCCUCAACUCAAAAUGGCAGGAAACUGUUUGCAAAUGCUACAUCAUUUCAAACCUGGGGUUUGCAGAGCCAUGCCUUCUUCUCACCCUUGUAUUUCUACUUCAUGCAUCAUUACAGAGGUCUGGGACAUUAAGCAGAAAGUGGAAUGCAAGAACAGCCGGUUGUGUUAUUCUUUAUUGUCUCCCAAUGUUCAUUCUUCAGCUCAUAGUUAUAUUAAUUGAGCCGAAGUAUAGCAAGAACAGUUCCAUGAACAAACUGCCUCCAUAUUUCUUCAAAACUGCUUCCAAGACAAAUGACAAUGCUACCCUCUGCACUUACCCUCUGUCGAGCACUAUCAUACUUGGUCUUUUUGGUACUGUACUUAUCACAUACUUGUUCUGGGUUGGGAGGCGAAUUCUUCAUUUGGUCAUCAAUAAGGGUUUGCAGAAGCGAGUGUACACGUUAGUCUUUUCUAUUUCUGUUCUUUUUCUCUUAAGAGUACUUCUUCUCGGUCUAUCGGUUCUAUCUGAGCCAGAAAAUCUUUUGUUUGAUGCCAUUGCAUUUUUGGCUUUUCUCUCUCUUCUAUCUUGUGCUGGAGUUGGAAUCUGUGUACUGGUGUACCUUCCAGUUGUGGAUUCUUUAGCUGUGAGGAGUUUUCAAACUGAUGCAGAGGCUAGAUGUAACGAUGAGUACAAUGAUUCCAUUUCACUAAUUCCUCCUACUGAUAGACCUCGUGAAGAAAGUUCACUAAUUCCUCCUACCGAUAGACCUCGUGAAGAAAGUUCAAUAAUUAGUCCCGGGAGAAACUCGGUUGAUUCUCCAAACCGUAGAUCAAUUUCUUUUCGCACAAUGGAAAAGGAUGAAACUUCCAGAGCUUUUGUGGAACUGAGUGUCUACACUCCCAGUCAGCAUUCAACCCCUCCUGAGUUUGGCUAG